CAAGAUGGCGUCGUCAAUGGAGGUUCAAACUACUACUUCGAAGGAAUCAGAGACUGUUCUGGCGAGUUCUGGUUCGAGUGGAAGCGUAUCAGUGGCUCUUCAUCCCUUAGUAAUUAUGAAUAUAUCUGAACACUACACCAGAAUAAAGGCGCAGUACGGAGAACCCAACCCACAAGUGAUAGGAGCACUGCUAGGGACCCAAGAUGGCCGUAAGAUUGAAAUUUUCAACUCCUUUGAGCUUCAGUUCGAUGUGUUUGAUGACGGACAACUUGUGAUAAAUAUAGAGUACUAUCGAAAAAAAGAGGAACAGUUUCACCAGGUUUUUAAGAAUUUGGAUUUCCUUGGUUGGUACACCACAGGAUCUAGUCCCACUGAGAAUGAUAUCAGGGUACACAAACAGAUAUGCGAGAUAAAUGAAAGUCCCUUAUUUCUGAAACUCAAUCCACUUGCUAAGACCAAUGAUUUACCAAUCAGCUUAUUUGAAUCUGUGAUUGAUAUUGUUGAAGGAGCAACACGUAUGUUGUUUGUGGAAACUCCCUACACCCUAGCUACGGAAGAAGCUGAGAGAAUUGGCGUGGAUCAUGUGGCCAGACUAUCAAACACUGGCACAGUUGACAGCUCCACAGUGUCGGAGCAUCUCCUAGCUCAGUAUAAUGCAAUUAAGAUGUUACACUCCAGGGUCAAGAUGAUUUUAGAGUAUGCUAAAGCAGUGAAAAAUGGUGAAGCACCGUGUAACCAUGAAAUAAUGCGUGAUGCGUUGAGUCUUAUUCAGAGACUUCCUGUCAUGAAGACUGAUUUGUUCAGAGAGGACUUUUAUAAUCAAUGUAAUGAUGUUAUGUUGAUGUGCUAUUUGUCUACAAUAACAAAAGGAGCCAAUAGUCUUAAUGAGUUCAUUAACAAGUUCAAUGUGGUUUAUGACCGGGGAAUGGGAAGACGAAUGAGAGGAACACUAUUUUAGGGUCUUAAAUACUAGAUUUUCAGACACAGUAUUGUUCACUAAAAAAAAACCCUUACUGGAAACUAAAUUUAAAAAGUUAUUGGUUUACAAUGUGGUAAAAAAGCAAACCAAUAAAACAGUUAUUGGCUGUAUAUAAACUUAGGGCGACACACACAUUAGGUUAGCCCCGAUGCAAGAUUCUUAAGACUUUCAAAUAUGCAAUUUAUAUAUUACAUGUUUGAUCUGUAACUUACUAAUAUCUCUACAAGUUACAACAACCAACAAAGUCUGUUGAUUAGCAUCAUUCAUUAACUUUCUUGUAAAUAUAGUUAAUUAAUUUGUGAAAAUAAAUGGUUUUGAUUUA